AUGUCUGUCACUACAAUCAAUCCCUUCGCGAACCCGCGCAUCGGCGUCGCGGCGAUCGUCCAGCGCAAGGACGGCAAGAUCGUGGUUGGGAAGCGGGAGAGUAGCCACGGCGCAGGGACAUGGCAGCUCCCCGGCGGCCACCUCGAAUUUAAAGAGUCCAUUUUCGGCUGUGCGGAGCGCGAGACGCUGGAGGAGACACAGCUCAAGGUCAAGGCGAGCAAGAUUGUCGGCGUGACGAAUGACGUGUUUGAAGAGCUGGGGAAGCAUUAUGUGACGCUGUUUGUGAGGUGCGAGAUGGAGGAUGAAGAAGCUGAGCCAGUUAACCUUGAGCCGGAAAAGUGCUCGGGAUGGUACUGGAUGUCUUGGGAUGAGGUUAGAGAAAUCAACGCAAAGGCGAAGGAUGGAGGUGGGAUGAAGCUGUUCAUGCCAUUGGCGCAUCUUGUUGAAGAGAAUUCCAAUAUUGAGAGUGCAUGA